ACCGAAACCAACACCACGGUUCCGAAGAGCGGGGACCUCCCCCGCGAGGGGGACGCCAAACGGGAGGCGGUGUUUGGGGGUCGCGCACACGCACAGGGUCACGCAGGCGCACGGCGUUUGCGCACGCGCACAACCCCUCGGCCGCGUAGCUCCGAUCUUGCAAAAACACCUUUCGAGAGGUUGAGCAGCUUGUACAAUGUCGGAAAUGAACGAGCUGUCCGAGCUGUAUGAAGAGAGCAAUGACCUGCAGAUGGAUGUGAUGCUUGGCGAGGGUGACCUUCCGCAGAUGGAGGUAGGCAGCGGGAGCCGGGAGCCAUCCCCGAACGCCUCCCGCAACGGGGCCCAGCCACAGCUCGAGGAGGAAGGCCCAAUGGAGGAGGAGGCGGCCCAGCCAAUGGCGGAGCCGCAGGGGGAACGAGGCCUUGCUAACCGGCCCAGCCCUGGGGAGCAGCCAGGCCUGAUCGCGGGCCCUGACUUCGAGAGCGAGGACGAGGGCGAGGAAUUUGAUGACUGGGAGGACGACUACGAUUAUCCGGAAGAGGAGCAGCUGAGUGGUGCGGGCUACAGAGUAUCAGCGGCCCUUGAAGAAGCCAACAAGAUGUUUCUGAGAACAUCCAGAGCAAGGGAAGCAGCCCUGGAUGGCGGGUUUCAAAUGCAUUAUGAGAAGACCCCGUUUGAUCAGUUGGCUUUUAUCGAAGAGCUUUUUUCACUUAUGGUUGUCAAUCGUCUGACCGAAGAACUCGGCUGUGAUGAGAUUAUUGAUAGAGAGUAAUUAAAUGCUGUUAAAAGAGGAGGAAAAGUUGAGGAGAGACCCAACAUUCCACUGCCUUUUGGGUUCAUUCCAGAUAGUACCGUGCCAAUGAAAAACUUAAUCUUCAAAAAAAGAUUUUUGUCGUUGUUUUGCAGAAUAGAAUAGGGCAGUGACUGCACAGUUAUGAAAAAGAAAAAAUUGUUAAAGAAGAAAAGGCAUUUUAGGACUGUGGAAAUCUGUUUUCAAGAACCUUCCUGAAACACCUGUGGCUUUGACUUUGUUAUUGAUCCAGAUUAUUUUCCUUGCAUUGGGGAAAAUAUCUUUCAUAUUUCACUGUAAGGGAUGGUUUUGCGAGAGUGAAAGACUUUGGUUGAACUUCAUAACAUAAGAACUGUCAAAGGGAACAUGCCAAGUAAAAGGAAAGCCCUGCAUCUAAAAAAAGACUGAACAAUUAUACCCUCAAUCUUUAAAGGUUUUAAACCUGCCCAGAAAUCCUCAUCAGUAUCUGAAGUUUCCCUCUGUCUCCUCCUCUAAUGAAGCUUAUUAUUGGUUAUGCACCAGCAUUCGAGAUAAUAAAAUUUCUUGUUCUGUGUA